AAACCCUCCCUCUUGCGUGUUCCAACUUCAUCCGUUCCUCAAUUCUCUGAACCCAGCCUGAACAACAAUUAUUAGCUUGACAAACUAAUCAAUGGCGGGCGGAACUGAAGCUUUCCCAGAUUUAGGAAGACACUGCCAACAUCAUCAUUGCAACCUCCUCGACUUCCUCCCUUUCACCUGCGACGGUUGCCACCAUGUGUUCUGUCUCGAACAUAGAUCUUACAAGUCCCACAAUUGCCCCAAAUCCGACCAUAACAGCCGGAAGGUUGUCGUCUGCGAAACAUGUUCCGUGUCUAUCGAAACCACCGGAGAAGACGACAAGGCAAUCUUAGAGAGGCAUGAAGAGUCCGGACUUUGUGACCCCAGGAAGAAAAAGAAACCCACCUGUCCUGUUAAGAGGUGCAAGGAGGUCUUGACGUUCUCUAAUACCAGCACGUGUAAAACAUGCCACAUGAAGGUGUGUCUCAAGCACCGUUUUCCGGCCGACCAUGCUUGUAACAGGGCCGCUUCAUCUUCCUCUUCAGCUGUUAAAGCUGUUAACGGACGAUGGAAUGAUCGGUUCUUAACUGCUCUGUCGUUAAGGAAUGGAAAAGACUGUGCAAAGAGUCCUACUUCCCCGCGUCCUCCCGCUACUUCGUCUGUCAAAGCCUGCUGAGACUACUCUAUCAUGGCAUUGUAUGAAUAAAUUGUUCAUUUGAGAUGCAAGUUGCUCGGUUUUUUAUUUGGUUUUAUACUUUGUAAUUGAAUCUUCAUUUCACUGUCCUAUUUUUUUUAAAAAAAUAAUUUAUAAAAGUCAUUCAAUUUUUAGUUUGAUGCUAAA